CUAACGUUCUCCAGAUUAUCAUACUGGAGAAAACAUACUGAACCGAUUAUGGAAAAUACAACUUUCUUAGAUUUUCUCAAUGCAUCUAUUGCCACUACACAAACCAUAUAUACAACAGAUGUACAGGGCAUCACCAGCGAUUCAAAAUCAAAAUUUUAUUUCACCAUGACUCCAAGUGCUAUAUCGGAAACAAAUGUCGUUUCUUUCCUUCAUCGCGUAAUUGUUGGAUCUGUCUUGCUCGUAUUCGCAUUGGUCGGUCUUUUGGGCAACUCCCUCGUGAUCAUUUCAAUUAUUGUUAGCAAAAAUCUACGGACGAUCACCAAUAUUCUGGUUGUCAAUCUCGCUUUCGCUGAUAUCUUGACGUGUUCCUUUAUACCUUUCCAAAGUGUUGGUCUCCUAAGUCAGACAGGAACUUACCCAGUGAACGAGGGGGUCUGCGCAACAGUGGCCGCAGUGCUGUACACCAGCGUAUGCUGCAGUGCAUACACUCUCGUAGCAAUAGCAUUCAUAAGGUGGUAUGUCAUCACCAAGUCUAUCCGAGGACAUCAAGGUAUUCAUACUCCCAAGAGAAUCAUUGCCAUAGCUGUAAUAAUCUGGAUGUACUCAGGAUCAGCUAUGGUCCUACCUCCAGUGUUGGGUCUCGGGACACUCGGCUAUUCCGAAUAUUACAGCAUAUGUUCUUUAAAAGAUGGGCAAACAUCCAAAACUUACUACGUCAUACUUCAAGGAAUCUUGGCAGCAGUUGCUCUUCUGCUCACUCUUACACUUUACACUUUGAUUCUGAGUCAUGUUCGUCGACACAAUGACCAAUUUCGAAACAAGUUUGCAACGGAUGAAAAGACCAAGUCCACGUCAACAAGUACACACGGAGGCCAAGCUUCUUCAUCUGAUUCUGGAGGUUCUCAUCCACCCAUGAUCAAGGCAAUCAACCAAAAGGAAAUCGAGAUCACUAAGAAUCUUUUCAUGGUCGUUUGUGUUUUCAUGUUCUGUUUCCUAGCUACUGCUGUUAAUUUCGUCAUCCCCGGUUCUAGUGCCGUUACUCUGUACACCACCAUGAUACUGUUAGGGAACAGUGUGGCCAAUCCGAUCAUCUAUGGUCUGAAGCAUCCGAACUUUCAGGUGGCCUUCAAGAAAAUCCUACGCUGUCGAACUCUAGGAUAG